CAGCUAGCGGACUUUCCACGCCAAUAAUAAACCCCUCUCUCAAUAGUCAAUACUCUCUUUCUCAAAGUUACCUCCACGGUCUAUCCAUAAUCAGGCCAUCAUGUCUUCUUCUUCUUCGCAGUCACACAUCCUGGUGUUCCCCUACCCUGCCCAAGGCCACAUGCUCCCACUCCUCGAUCUCACUCACCAACUCUCCCUCCGUGGCUUAACCAUCACCAUCUUACUCACCCCUAAAAACCUCCCCACUCUCUCUCCUCUCCUCUCUUCCAACCCUUCCAUCCAAACCUUACUCCUUCCUUUCCCUCCCCACCCUCAACUCCCCCAUGGCGUCGAGAACGUCAGAGACGUCGGCAACGCCGGAAACCUCCCCAUCAUGGCUGCCCUCACCAACCUCUACGACCCUCUUCUCCACUGGUUCACUUCCCACCCUUCUCCACCAAUCGCCAUCAUCUCCGACUUCUUCUUGGGCUGGACUCUCCGCCUCGCCAACCAACUCAACAUUCCCAGAAUCGUUUUCUUCUCCUCCGGUGCGUUUUUGGCCUCCGUACUUUACAACUUGUGGCCUGCCACUAACGCACAAGCUCUUCGUUCUCUACCCACCCUUGAUUUUCCUCAUCUCCCCGGAUCGCCCACCUUUAAGCAGGACCAUCUUCCCUCCGUGUGGCGCUUCUAUAACGAAUCCAACCCCGAGACCCACUUCAUCAAAGAUGGUAUGCUCGCUAAUACCGCCAGCUGGGGUUGCGUUUUUAACAGCUUUCAUGAUUUGGAAGGUCAUUACUUGGAUUACCUGAGAAAGAACUCUCGGGUCUACGGGGUUGGCCCGUUAAGCUUGGUGGGCAUCACUUCCAACGGUGUUGGUCGGGGCAACCCGGAUUCUCAUUCGGGCAAUGAUGACCACGUCAAAACGUGGCUUGACGGGUGCCCCGAAGGAUCCGUUCUGUAUGUGUGUUUCGGGAGUCAGAAGCUGUUGAAUAAACAACAGGUGGAGGGUUUGGCUUCCGGGCUAGAAAAGAGUAAGACCCGAUUUAUAUGGGUGGUGAAAACGGGUGCGGAGGUCGGGUUUAUCCCGGAUGGGUUUGAGGAGCGAGUGACAGGGACUGGGAGGGGUGUGAUAUUAAAGGGAUGGGCCCCACAAUUGAUGAUACUGAGUCACAAAGCAGUGGGUGGGUUUCUGAGUCACUGUGGGUGGAACUCGGUGUUGGAAGCGAUAGUGGGAGGGGUAAUGAUAUUGGGUUGGCCAAUGGAGGCGGACCAAUUUGUGAAUGCAAAGCUAUUGGUGGAGGACAUGGGCGUGGCCGUUUGGGUGUGUGAGGGAACCAACUCUGUGCCUGACCCGGACCACUUGGCAAGGGUCUUUGAUGAGUCAAUGCUUGGGGAUAGUGCCACUAAAGUGAGGGCAAAGGAGUUGAGGGACAAGGCUUUUGAAGCAGUCAGUGGUUGUGGUAGCUCUUCAACGGAUUUGGAUGCACUUGUCAAAGACUUGGGUCAACUCAGCUCAGCUCCCACCGUGCGUGAGUGAGAUUAGGCAAAAAUCUAGGACUACACCCUUUGUACCACAAUUCAUGGCAAACUAUAUAUACGAUAUAUGAUCUUUGCACUAUCACUGAAUCCAUUCUCAAGUAAUAGCCUUUUUAUAGGUUAGGCAGGGUGCCAAAAUUGGAUUCUUUCUUGUAAAAGAGUUCAAUAUUCUCUUCAGUCUUUUAUUUUUAAAAAUCAUAGAAAGAGAGAAUUUUUAAGGUUUGUAA